AUGGUACAGAUUGACGGUGUGUUGGCAGUCGAGCACGACCGGAAGACCAUCAAAGUGGCCACGACCAUCGAACAGGAUGGGCCCCACUGGAUCUGUAUUGGUCUGUCGAGGAAUGGCCGAUGGGCUCCUACUGAGGUAUCGCUAGCUCUAAGGUACGGUGGUGAUGCUGCUGACUUUACUCAGCUGGCUAGAAGAGAUCAUUUAGAUGAUACUCAAGUACAACUCCACCGGGUACAGGUUAUCUUGAAAGAGUACCAUAAGACGUUAUUCUAUAUGAGGGAGAGGGAUGAACGGAUGCGGCAAACCACAGAGAGCACGUCAUCGAGGUUGGUCGCAUUCUGUCUGCUGAAUGCUGGUGUCGUUAUCACUGUGGCGGGACUGCAAAUACUCUAUUACAGACGCUAUUUCACUCGCAAGAAGAUGAUAUGA